UUGCCGGAAGUGAGCGGCCCGGAAACAGGAAGUGAGCGGAGCUGGGGCCUACGGAGGCGCGGAGGUUUCGGGCUGGAAGGGGCCCCCCGCUUCACCCCCCCCGUUCCGUCGUCCCCACCGGCCCUGAGCUGCGUCUGACUGGUGGCCCCCCACGGUCCAGCCCACGAGGAUGUUCCACGGGAUCCCUGCUCCCGGGAUGGGAGCCCCAGGGAAUAAGCCGGAACUGUACGAGGAGGUGAAGCUGUACAAGAAUGCGCGGGAGCGCGAGAAGUACGAUAACAUGGCCGAGCUCUUUGCCGUGGUGAAGACGAUGCAGGCGCUGGAGAAAGCCUACAUCAAGGACUGCGUCUCUCCCAACGAGUACACUGCGGCCUGCUCCCGGCUCCUGGUCCAGUACAAAGCUGCCUUCAAGCAGGUGCAGGGCUCCGAGAUCAGCUCCAUCGACGAGUUCUGCCGCAAAUUCCGGCUCGACUGCCCGCUGGCCAUGGAGCGGAUCAAGGAAGAUCGACCCAUCACCAUCAAGGAUGACAAAGGCAACCUGAACCGCUGCAUCGCCGACAUCGUUUCCCUUUUCAUCACUGUGAUGGAUAAGCUGCGCCUGGAAAUCCGAGCCAUGGACGAGAUCCAGCCGGACCUGCGGGAGCUGAUGGAGACGAUGAACCGCAUGAGCCACCUGCCUCCGGACUUCGAGGGGCGACAGAAAGUGAACCAGUGGUUGCAGACGCUGAGCGGGAUGUCGGCCUCGGACGAGCUGGACGACUCCCAGGUGCGGCAGAUGCUGUUUGACCUGGAGUCGGCCUACAACGCCUUCAAUCGCUUCCUGCACUCCUGAGGCGCUCGGCCCUGCGCCCCCCACAGACUGCUCUCUGCCCACACCGGUCCCCCUCUGCAAACACCCCUGGCCGGACGUGGCAGCAUCCACGUUUCCAGCCUCUGCUGGGUGGCACUCCCUCUGGAUGGCAACAGCGGGGCACAGGGACUCCAGACGCUCCCCCCUUGCUCUCUCUGGGAACUGGUGUGUCUUCACCCCAACCUCUGCCAGCAUUUAUGCUGGGGCAGGCAGCUCCUUCUCCAGAGCAGCCACGGUGCCAGACCUCGCUGGUGGCAGGUGGCAGUUUGUCACCAACCGGGAGGCUUGUACAAAGGUGUGAAUCUAGACGAAUAAACCCCCUUUCUUGUGACCA